GCUUCUCGUUCCAGCUGGGGUUCGAGGAUGUGAUCGCGGAGCCCGAGCUAACCCACUCCUUCGACAAAGUCUGGAUCUGCAGCCACGCUCUCUUUGAGCUCAGCAAGUACGUGAUCUACAAGCUCCUGACGCUCGUCCUCGCCAUUCCGCUGGCCCUGGUUUUGGGGAUCGUCUUCGCGGCGCUCAGCUGCCUGCACAUCUGGUGA